AUGCUUAGUAAUCCCUAUUUUAAGUCCGUUUUGUGGCUGAUUGGCUUCGGUGGAAUGGGCUACGGCUUAAUGCUGCUAACCGAGCCGAACGUCGAGAAAAUAGAGCGCAUCAAAGCCUCCGUUUCAAGUAACAAACUGACUGAAGAUGAGCAGCGUAAGGCACUGUUUAUGAAGAAGCUGCAGGAGGCGUCCACCACCAGUGCUCCAAUCUACAGGUCAUCGGCAGACAAAUAGGAUAGUUAGGAAGCUUUAUGGUCAGCCAUUUAUCAAUUUGUUAUCAUUUUUAAAUAUAAAUGUUAAGCAUUUAA